AUGAGAUCAUGUUUUGAGAACCGGAUGAAUAAUAGAGUUAAAGUUGGUAAUAAGAAAAGUGAAUGGAAAUAUAUGAAAAGAGGGUGUCCCCAGGUGUCUUCUUUUGGGCCGCAGAUUUGGAACCUUUUUCAAAAUGAUAUGGCUCAACAAGUAAACAAUUCAAACUUGACCAUGUACGCGGAUGACCAUCAAAUGUACAAAACAGGCUCAAACCUGGCCAUGGAACAAGGGAAGGAACAAGGGAAACAAGCAAUGUCAUGGUAUGGAGAAAAUGAUCUACAAGCAAAUCCAGACAAAUUCCAGGUGCUCACCAUAAACCCAGAAACGUGGACACUAGUCGACAGAAUAAAGACAUAUUCUUGA